UGUAUUCCUGUAAAGCCAGGAAGAGAGGGUGCCGGGUGCCCAAGCAUGCAGGGAACCUCUCUAUAUGCCGGGUGAAUAAAGGAUCUGUGGACAUGGAGUCUGUUCUGCUUGUUGCUCCGAUAACAGCAUUGGAGUUUGUUGGGGAUUAUCUACUAUCUGGUGAAGGGCCCUGUGUUACUGUGUACAGCCUGAAGGAAACGUGCAAAAACCCGAAGAAGAUCUGUCAGAACGUGCUGAAAGGUUAUGCCGUCCAUGGUAUCAAGUUAUGUAGCUAUGCCCCUUCGCAAGACAAAGAUGCCCUCUUCUGUGUGUUCGGAAGCAAGGGGCUAAUUAUUCUGCAACUGAUCUUUAAUGAUCAAGACCUGGGACUGUCGCGUGUCGGUGAUCUAAGGGAACUUCAUGAUUGGAUAUGGGAUGUUCAGUGGAUCAGAGCCAAUGCAGAAACCACCUCUUAUCUUGGGUUAGCCUUGGGUCACAAUUCUGUGGCUCUCUAUGAUUAUGGGAAUGGCAGUGUCCUGAAAGAGAUCCACUGCGCUGAGAAAUGCAUUUUGUAUUCCGCACAUUUCUGGGGUGAAAGCUGGGAAGAACUGGUGUUGGUGUCGGGGACCGUUUUUAACCAGCUGGUCAUAUGGUGCCCGGCUGAUAAAACCAACGCGGAAGGAAGAGUUGAACCCAAGCAGAGGAUAAGCGGGCACGAUGGCGUCAUAUUUAGCAUCUUCUAUGAGAAAAGAAGAGGCUUCCUGGCUUCAGCCUCGGAUGAUCGUAGCAUCCGGAUUUGGGACGUUGGAGACCUUGCUGUAGACAGUAAGAAGGUCCAGUGUCUGCGUGUGUUAUAUGGGCACCAGUCGCGAGUUUGGUCGGUCAAACUCCUCCAUGAUCGUGUUGUCAGCAUAGGAGAAGACUCUGCGUGCAUCGUGUGGGACUACAACGGAGAUAUUGUCCAUAAUUUUCAAGGUCAUAAAGGUCGAGGCAUCAGAGCUGUUGCUGUCAAAGAUCAGGUUGGCUUGGUAGCUACCGGUGGUGCAGACUCUGGUAUCCGGCUCUGGCAAAUAACAAAAGGACAGUCGUUUCAAUCUAAUAGCCUGUGGGCUUUAAAUUUUUGUUCAUCACACUGUACGGGGUCCCCAAAAGCCAUAGCGAUGGUGGACACCAGCUCUCUCGUUGUAAUGACAGACCUAGGUUCUAUAUAUACCUAUGACUUGGUCAACAAGGAGUGGAGCUUUGUUUUGGAUGAUGAGGACUACGCAUCUUACAGUCUCCUAGAGGUCUGUAAAUCACCUAGUGGUGCCAUGUGUGCCAUUGGUAACAUAUCAGGCAGUAUUAAGGUCUUCCCCCUUUGUUCUGGACAUGGUUGCGAGAACAUUAAACUCUACCAGGGAAAGGUUCAUAGCCUCACUUGGGUGCCACAUCUCCUCCAGGAUACAGACACUUACAGUCUUUUUUCCUCGGGCCCUGAUGGUAUAAUGGUUUGGAUUGAAGUUAGGUGUGUGUCGGGGCAUAUCCGUUAUGCGGUAGAGAAAGGACGCUUUCUUUUACCUGCUUGUAAGCAGAGGUGGCAUACUUGCGUUGCUUUCCUGCCUCAAGAGGAUUUUAUUGUGGUCGGCGACCGGAGAGGAUCCUUAAUGCUGUUUUCUACACGGGUUGAUUCGAUUCACCAUGAUGAGGAUAACUCAACAAAAUGUAUCGAUUUAGGGAGCGCUUGCGUAGAUUCCGAAGGAGGCUCUCAUAGCCAUUCUGUGCCCAAUUCCAAAGACUGUGCAGCGGCUCCACUUUCCAUCCUGUUUGGCGUUCACGGGAAGUUAGGAGUUAAGUCCCUGAGUUGCCACGAUGGCUUUGUGUAUAGCACCGGUCGGGACGGACUUUACCGUCAGUUAAAGGUGGCGGGAGGUCAGCUGAUCAUGUUACGCAAGCAAAAAUCCUGCAAGGGGAUGGAAUGGAUAGAACGCCUUUCCUUCGCUACAGAUGGCAAUUUACUGGUUCUGGGCUUCCACGCCACCAACUUUGUGGUUUGGAGCAUGAGGACCAACGAGAAAAUCCACUGUGUUCCCUGCGGAGGAGGACACAGGUCGUGGAGUUACGUAGAUGAAGAGGACUCUGCUCUAUUUGCGUAUAUCAAGUCGGGUGACAUAUUUGUCUAUCAAAGCCACCCAACGGAAGGACCCCGCAGCGUGUUAAAGGAGCCAAUGCACGGUAGAGAAUUCACUUGUGUGCGAUAUGCAGGGACGGGCAAGGCUUCAAACAAUGAAUCCGUUCACAUACUCAUCACGAGCAGCGAAGACACCACGGUUAACAUAUUUGCUUUUAAUGAGAUCUCUAAACAUGUCCAACAACUUGCCAACCUUAGCGAUCACUUAUCCAGUGUGAAAACACUAGCUACCAGCCAUCUUCAACACGGAGGCCGUGGCUUCUCGACCGUACUGUUCACCGCAGGUGGAAGGGCUCAAGUGGAGUGUUACCGAGUACAAUUGUCCCAAAAGAGGGGUGAAGCUAACCUUUCGUGCCACGUGAUCCAUCUGGCCUCUCACAGACUGGACGAACACUGGGACAGAAUGAAGAACAAGCACAGAACGCUAAAGAUGGACCCAGAAACGAGAUACAUGUCUGUUGUGGCGAUCACGGAGGAAAGCUACGUCAGCCGUAGGACGGGAUCCCCGUACGUGUUUCUGGCGGCCGCGUGCAGUGACGGAUCGGUGAGGUUUUUCGUGAUGUGUGAAAACACCCGGCGGCUGAUGCUGGCCGCCGAGUCCUUUUACCACCAGCGAUGUGUCCUGAAAGUAGAAAAACUUGUUAAAAAACACUCCGAUCAGCAGAGGGUUUUGCUUUGCAGUGCAGCUACUGACGGACGCAUUGCAUUCUGGGAUAUCACUGGCACCAUGAAUGAGGUCCUAAAAGUGCUUGAAUCCGAGCCGGUGGAUUUUCAGCCUGUAGAUCUGAGGUCUCCGUGCUUCACCGUCUCCGCUCACCAGUGCGGCAUCAACAGCCUCCACAUUCGUGAAACCAAACGUGGACAUCAUGUGAUGGCCAGCGGCGGAGACGACAACACCAUCCACGUAUGCCUUCUAAGCGUGGACCAACCUUCCGAUGUGGACAGCAAACCGUGUAUCCAGCUCCUGCAAACGUUUUCCAUCCCCGGCGCUCAUUCGGCCCACGUAACCGGGCUACGGAUACUGCGGGACGACCUGUUGGCGUCGGCGUCCGUGGACCAACGUCUAAAUCUCUGGGCGAUUGGGGACAAAAACCUUCGGCACCUGCGCACCAAAUUCUGUCACGUGCCGGACGUGUCCGAACUGGACUGCUGGAUGAAUGAAGGAGAGAAGGGACACCUGUAUGUUCUAUGCGGUCAGGGAUUGGAAAUCAUCCAUUCUACGACCAGCAGCUCACAUUGCAGAAUGUCCCAGUGAAUUUAUAAUUUCAUUGUUUUGAAGGAUUAUCACAAUCUAGCAGUCCCUUUAAAUAAAAAUAUACAUAAAUACAACAGAAUCCUCUCUUUUAAAUAAUUGGCGUUGUGGGGAAGGACGUCUGUUGAACGCUGUAAGUGUCGAUUGAGAUCUUUUGACCUUUUCAUCGCCGUUGACCUCCUUGCACGUUCACCUGAAAAGUUAUCCUCUUGGCUCCAUUGAUUGUCUGUUGGUCUCUUGACAAGUUUUAUCAUGAAGACAAAUGUGGCAUGCCGGCAUGACCCUGAAUAAUUAAAUACUUCUCACUCCAUAUCCAAAGAGGCCCAUUAAAUAUUAAACUCCAA